AUGGCAAUGGCAAGUAUGCCGGCUUGUGCGGCAACUGAGUUCGUGGCCAAGGGGAGGGAGUCGGCUGCCGUUCUGAAGGCCAUGCUUGGCCAGCUGCCUGCGGUCGUUGGCGCAGGGGCAACGACGCCCCAUGGUCUCCGGGAUUUGGCCGAGCAGAUCCUCCGCUGCUGCGACCGAGCUCUGGCAGCCUUGCACAGCGGCACCGGCACGGAGGAGGCUGCCAGCAGUUCUAGGAAGCGCAAACCGGAGCGGGAGGAUCGCCUGGCUGCUCCCCCUGCGGCGACGGGAUCCAAGAGGAUGAGGAUGAGCCGUGGAGAGAGGGGAACACGAGUUGAGAAGAAAGGAACAAUGGAGGACGGCUUCAUCUGGAGGAAGUAUGGCCAAAAGGACAUCAGCGGCAGCAACUACCCCAGGCUCUACUUCCGCUGCACCUACAAGGACGACCGUGGUUGCAUGGCCAGGCGGCAGGUGCAGCAGUCGGACACCGACCCCGGCGUCUACCUCAUCACCUACUUCGACGAGCACACCUGCUGCCGCGACGACGACGCUGUCGAGCCGCCACCGCCAGCGCCAUUCGUCAUCAACUUCGGUUCGAGCACCGCCAGUAGCGACGACCAGCCAAGCGGUUCGCCUUGGCCGUCGUCCUGUGAUGACGACGGCCCGGUGGAAACGCACACAUCAUCAGCUUUGUGCAGUUCACCGGAGGAGGAGUUGCAGGCUGGCACGUCGUGCAAUGUGGCUGAGUUCAUCGUCGAGCAGUCAACGCCGGUGCCAGAGCUGAUGGGUAUGAUGCACUUGACGGAGUGGGAGUGGGAGUGGGAUCGUAUGGACGGAUGCUUGGACUGGGAGUUCGGCAAAGGCGAGAGCUCCUUCGACAUUGACGGUUUCGUCAGAUACGACUUCGAUUGCAUUGAUCUGUUUUAA